CAUUUUCAUUCAUUUAUUUUUUGGUUUGCCUUGAUAAGUGAUAAUUACAAAAUAAAUUCUUGUGCAAGCAGAGAAUGGCCUCGAGUGUUACUAAAAUGCAAGUCCUAUCUAUGUAUAAAAAUCUGAUGAGGGAAUCGCAGAAAUUCGCCAAUUACAACUUCAGAGCCUACGCGCUGCGCAGAGUCCGAGAUGCCUUCAAAGCCAAUAAGGCACUGUCAGACCCCAAACAGAUCCAGAAGGAGUACCUGUUUGCCAAGGAAAAUCUUGCUAUUAUCAGACGCCAAGCAGCAAUCGGGGAUAUGUACCAGACAGAGAAACUAGUUAUCGAGAACCUCCGGUAGGAUAAGUUGUAAGAAUUUAAAAUGUAGUUUACUCUAUUACUUUAGUUACAGGAUAAGUAAGUAAGCUGGUCUUUCUACUACAGCAGAGAUGAGUCGACUAAUAAAGAUAUGCAAUAAUCAGCCAAUGGCCUUAGAUUUCAUCCAAUGGAAUUGAGGUUUUUUUUUAUUUAUACUUGUCUCUUCUUCAGUCUGUCUAUGCUAAUUGACAACGUUUCAAAUUUUUCAAUGUCCCUAAAUCGAAAACCAUUUCGAGAUAUACGCUUGUAGAUCACAUAAAUCAUUUUUUUAAUUUUUUUUUUCGCAUUU